GCCGCGGCCUCUCCGGAAGUGACGUUGUUGUUUUGCUGCGGCGCUUCCCGAGGCCGCCAUGGACAUCCUGAAGCGAGAGAUCAGCAGGAAGCGCCAGCAGCUGGAGGAGAAGGAGCUCCUGGGGGGAAAUAAGAAGUAUUUCAAACGCAGUGAGUUAGCUAAAAAGGAAGAAGAGGCAUACUUCCAGAGAUGUGGCUACAAGGUACAGCAGCAGGAAGAGGAGGAGAAACCACUGGCUACAUCAAAUCCAGUGCUGGAACUCGAACUGGCAGAGGAAAAGUUACCAAUGACUCUUUCCAGACAGGAGGUUAUCAGGAGGUUACGAGAGAGGGGUGAGCCCAUCAGGCUGUUUGGAGAAACUGAUUAUGAUGCAUUUCAACGUCUGAGGAAGAUAGAAAUUCUUGCACCUGAAGUGAACAAGGGUCUGAGAAAUGACCUGAAGGCUGCUUUGGAUAAGAUUGAUCAGCAGUACCUGAAUGAAAUUGUAGGUGGCCAAGAAGCAGGAGAUGAUGACUCCCAGAAUGACCUGAAAGUCCACGAGGAGAAUACUACCAUUGAAGAACUAGAAGCUUUGGGAGAAUCCUUAGGACAGGGUGAUGAUCACUAUGACAUGGACAUCAUAACAAAGUUUUUGAAGUUCCUGCUGGGAGUUUGGGCCAAGGAGUUGAAUGCCAGGGAGGACUAUGUGAAGCGGGGCGUGCAGGGGAAGCUGAACAGCGCCACCCAGAAGCAGACAGAGUCCUACCUGCGGCCGCUCUUCAGGAAGCUCCGCAAGAGGACACUUCCUGCAGACAUCAAAGAAUCAAUAACAGAUAUUAUUAAAUUUAUGUUGCAAAGAGAAUAUGUGAAGGCCAACGACGCCUACCUGCAGAUGGCCAUCGGCAACGCGCCCUGGCCCAUCGGCGUCACCAUGGUCGGCAUCCACGCGCGCACCGGCCGCGAGAAGAUCUUCUCCAAGCACGUGGCCCACGUGCUCAACGACGAGACUCAGAGGAAAUACAUCCAGGGGCUGAAGAGGCUCAUGACCAUUUGCCAGAAGCACUUCCCCACAGAUCCCUCUAAGUGUGUGGAGUACAACGCUCUCUGAGGCUCUGGGGGGCCAGGCUGGGACUCACAUUUCAGUCUCCAGCACCCAGAGAGGAUGGAAGAGGCAGAGAUGGAGCCUGAACACCAACAAGAACUUGGGAUGGGGUUUGCAAAAAAAACAGAAAGAAGAUUUUGUUUUUUAUAGCUUCCUUUUUCCAAGCCUCUUAUUUUUAGGUUUAUUUUGAAAUCUGUGCUUUUUGCUGAACACAUCCAAUGUACAGCAGAGGGAUGGGUUUUGAAGUGUUUAAGACCAAGACAAUGACCAAGGGACAAUGCACAUGACAACUGCUUUUAUUUCAGUUUGUUAUUCAGGGAACUGUGCAGACUGAACUGUUUCCCAUAAUUUAGACCUUUAGGUGAGUCUCAGCCCUGCAAGGAGCAUAUGUGGAGCUUUUUUUGGCUGCUUUUGCAUUGGAGACUGACUUGGGGAGAUGAUUAGAGGGAAGCAGUUGAAUCUGAAUCUUGGUUAUUUCUGUAAAUAUAAAGACUUUAUUGGCUAAUCUUUCAUGUGGUAUUUAUCAGGAAUAAAAAAAAAAGGUUUAUAUAUUUCUCA